AUGACUACCCAACAUGUUGAAUUGGACACGGAAUCCGGCAGACCCACGGUGCGCAUGAUGGUCCUCGAGACUGAUGAACCGCACCCAGAAACCAAGUUUCGCCGGGGCACCUUUGGCGAGAUCCUCCACCACCACUUCGCCAAAGCCGGCGACGCCCAUGACCCCCCUCUCGGCAUCGAGACCGAUACACGGUACGUUCUCACCGAGAAAGGAGGCACCAUGCCCAAGGCCCACGAGUUCGACAACUGCGAGGCCCUCUUAAUCACGGGCAGCGUGUACGACGCUCACGGCAACGACCCCUGGGACCUGGACCUCCUGGGCCUUCUGAAAGAACUCUGGCUCAAACAUCCCAAAAUGCACUUCUCCGGCGUCUGCUUCGGUCACCAACUCCUCUGCCGGCUUCUCGGGUCUGACAUCGCCUCCGCCGCAUCUACGGACUGGGAACUCGGCCACUCCAGAAUCAAUCUCAGCCCCCUCGGCCAGAAGCUCUUCCAAACGGACACACCGGAGGUCUACCUCCACCAGAUGCACCAAGACUACGUUGUUGCCCCCCCAAUGGCGGAAUCUUCAGGGGGGUUGCUCGCCCCGGGGACCAAGGUUGAGGUGUGGGGACACAGCGGCCAUACCAAGGUGCAGGGGGUGUACAUCAAGGGCAGGCUGUUCACGACACAGGCGCACCUGGCAUUUGAUGAGGGCAUGGUGAAGCGGCAGAUCCAGAUGCGUGUAGAUAGUGGGAGCAUCGAGGACCUGGAGCACGCGGAUAGGGCGGCGGAGACGGCCGAGAUGGACCACGACGGGGAUGUGGCGGCGGCUGCGAUACUGAGGUUCUUUCACGAUGAGGGCGUUGAGUAG